CCAGUUCUGCAAUAAUAAUUAUCUUCGCUAAUUAAUAUUAAUAAGUACCGGGUACACGUCACGAUACUAAGUACCAGAUUGAGUCAUUAUAGAAUUAAAGAUGAACGGUGUAGUUUUAGCAUUUUUUCUUGUUAUUUUUGAAUCGAUAAAUUGUGGCCCUACUGGAUGGAUUGAUGACGAUAGUGGUGAUACGAAAACAAAGUUGACCAGUUUACUAGCAUCAUCAAAUGAUGACGUCCAUGACAUUUCAGCAAGUAACAACAUUUUACUCAAACCACCAAAUUAUGAACCGUUCUACCAAAGUCAAUAUAAAUUCCGCUCUCCCCAAGAAGUAUUCGAUUAUUAUCAACCCAACAAUGAAGAUUUCAACAAAAAUGGUAAAUUUGCUGUACCGUGGCUCGAAAACAAUAAUGCAGAGAAUAACUUAAUUCAUAAACAUGGUUUUCAUCAAGGCCUGUGGGGGUUCCAUCAUCACCACCCAGACUGUUUUCCAUUUGGCAACCGCCGCAGACCACGCCCUCCAGUACCACCUACAACAGUUGCUCCCAGCAUUGACCCUAGAGCAAGUACCAGUGCAGAGUUUAUCAAACCUAAUUUGCCGCAAACGCCUUUAAUACCAACUACUACUAUUGCACCUGCUGGAAUUGACAUAAGAUUAGGAACUGAUGAUGAUGAUGAUGAAGCAGAAAGGAUUAUAUUUCCGGACGACUGAUUAAUUAGAAAAUAAAAAUAAUUUUGGCUGUAAUUUAUUUGAAUGCAAUAUAAUUAUUUUUUCUUA